AUGCUUUCAAAUAUUGCGAAGUCGAGCUUUGGUGCGCGAAACUCUAUAUUUGGACGACUGUCUUCCACAGGGAGCUCUGUCCGCUAUGCUUCAUUGAAUUCCGCCAUUGGCCGCGGUAUUCGCAGGUCUCAACAUGUGAGGUCGCCCACUGCUGAGGGUGGCCAGGGGAGGUCACGUCGGGAGGAUUCCAGGAUACCGUCAGAUGGCCGCGGUAUUCGCAGGUCUGAAUAUAUGAGACCGCCCACUGCUGAGGGUGGCCAGGGGAGGUCACGUCGGGAGGAUUACAAGAUAUCGUCAGAUGGGCGUGCAGCUAAGGACGGUAGACGCCCAUUGAGGAAUGACUUUGACAGAGACGAGUUCGUUCGAAGUGGAAAGUUUCGAGGAAUUCCACGAGACCUACAAGAUCGUGGGCCACGGAAACCCAGAGAACGAGAGACAAGAUCGAACGCACCCUCGGCAUCUUCUGGAGAAACCAUUCCUCCGAAGACGAAGUCUAGCGCCCAUCGUGUGACGGACAGCAUGCCGGAACGAAUCAAGGAUAACGUCAAAGUCCCCGAAUCGAUCCCCUAUUCCAGCCCAGCAUCCGAAUUCAUCUACGGUACUAGCGCCGUGGAAGCAGCAUUGCGAUGUGGCAAGCGCAAGCUGUACAAACUAUACCUCUAUCAACGAGCUGGAGAAGACCUGGGUCCCGCCAAGAUCGCACUUCGAAAGCUGGCUCUCUCGAAGAACAUUGAGAUCAAAUUGGCCUUUGCGGGCUGGGACAGGCUGUUAGACAAGAUGUCUGCUGGUCGUCCACACAAUGGGUGUGUCCUUGAGGCCUCGCCUCUGCCCAGACUUCCCGUGCGCAGCUUCCAUGCCGUUCCCGGGAUUUCGGAGAGCCACUUUCGGGUAGAACUGGCACCUCAGUCGCGGGAGGAAGCUGCAGUGAACGGCACGAACGACCAAAUCCCGAUUUUACACCCUUCCGAUCCUUCUUCGAGUCAACACACCCACCGAUACCCUGUGGCUUUGCUUUUGGACGGAGUCGUGGAUUCCGGCAAUAUCGGCGCCAUUAUACGGUCUGCUUAUUAUCUAGGCAUCGAUGCAAUCAUCUUUGCUGGGCGCCAAUCUGCUCCUCUAUCACCCGUGACGAUCAAGGCCUCUGCCGGCGCCGCGGAGAACAUGACAUUGUUGCAUGCUCAGAACGAGGUGGACUUCAUCAAGCGCUCCAAGGAGAAUGGAUGGCGGUUCUAUGCUGCUGAUGCACCUGGUCCUGGUGCCACCUAUCUUGACCGUGUUAUGGCUGAUGGCGAGACCGUACUUCCCACGGUGCACUCACCCAGUGUGAUCAUGAUGGGAAGCGAAGCAACCGGACUGAACUCACACAUAAAAUCACAUGCUGAUUCAAUCGUCAGCAUUCCGGGUGCUCGUCACAGUGCUCAUUUGGGUGUGGAAUCCGACCCCGCCCGGAUUGAUAGUUUGAACGUGAGCGUUGCGGCGGCACUUUUGAUGGAGAUGUUUUUGCGAACCCCUCUCGCGAUGUCCGAGCCAGUCAAGAAAAGCAAGGACCGAGUGUGGUGA